AUGCGGGGGCUGCAGCCGCGCGGGCACUACCACCAGUGGGGCACCGCGCAGUCGGAAGAUGGGUCACCUCAGUCGGAUGACGAUGAAGACGAUGAUGAGGAGCUUCAGAACGCUUCACCGGAGCUGCUGGGCACGGGGGCGGACAAGAAGGUCCUGGCCGGGGUGCUGAAGCGCUUCAGCAAGGACAACCUGGCAGACGAGAGUGACUCCGUAGUGGCGGCCAUCCGGAUGCAGGUGAGGGCUGUGGCGCCGUUCAGGCGGUUACUAAACGUUGUGACGACCUGCGGGCUGUGGCUCCUCUUUCAGCCCCGUGAGGAUUCUGCGUCGCUGCUCCUCACCAAGAAGGGCCGCUGCUCGGCUUCCUCGCAGUGA